AAAACAUUUUACAUUUCUUAGCAAACUCCUCAAACCAUGUGCUAAGGCUAUUUCCAUUUGUUUAUUCAAAAUUUAGUUUUUAUUUCAAUUCUUACAACAUGAAAUUUCCUAAACAGUUGUCUGCCUUUGAAUUUUACAAAUUGGCACGGGGUAAGAACAAGAAAGGAGGCCGCCAAAAAAAUCCUAAAAGAAGAAAAUCUGUGGGUGAUGAUCCUUCUUCUGUUCCUGAAUUCGACGAACCCCAAUCAAGUACAUCAAAGCGAACUUUUGGUCAGCUUGAGGAACCCUUUUCAAGCAAUAAAAGAGUUAGGUUUGCAGAAGACGAGUUUGAUGGUCAUCAAUCAGAUGGAACUGACGGAACUGAUGGAACUGACGCUACUGAUACUACUGAUGCGUCUAAUGACAACACUCUUAAUGAAAAAAGAGAGCGAACAUUUGGUGUUUUAUUUAAAGAUAAAGUUACCAAAAAGUCGGCUGACAUUCCAAAUAAGAAAACACGCCGCAUUGAGUCCAUUUUAAAACAUAGACAAAGUUACAGUCUAGAUGAUCUUAGAAAGUCUCCAUUUAUAAGCAGCCUUGACGUGCCAAGUAAGAAAGCACAGGAAAUACCCAUAAGGAUUCAAAAAGAACCUGAUGAAGAUGCUAAGAGUACCAGAUCUUUCAGUAUCCCUCCCUUCUUAACUGAUAGUCGAGAACAAGCUAAAAAGUGUUUCCAAUGGUUGAUCAAUCCUUAUGAUGUUGAUCGUUUUAUGUCAGUGAAUUGGGAAAAGGAACCACUCUUGCUAAAAAGAAAUAAACCCAACUAUUAUCAUGGAGUUUACAGUACUGCAGAUUUAGAUAGAGCUUUACGUGAGCGACAUUUACAAUUUACUAAAAAUAUUGACAUCACUAGCUAUAUCAACGAUGAACGAAAAACUUAUAACCCCGAUGGUCGAGCUUAUCCAGCGGUUGUCUGGGAUCAUUUUCAAGUUGGAUGCUCUAUAAGGUUAUUAAAUCCACAAACUUAUUCUCGAUCAGUCUGGAAAUUGAAUAGUAUUUUGCAAGAAUUCUUCGGUUCAUAUGUUGGUGCCAAUGUUUAUCUCACUCCUGCUGGUUCCCAAGGAUUUGCUCCUCAUUAUGAUGAUAUUGAAGCCUUUGUACUCCAAUUAGAAGGCCGCAAAUUAUGGAAAGUUUAUCCACCUUUAGAUGAAGCUAACACUCUACCAAGAUUUUCCAGCAAAAAUUUUAAACGAGAUGAACUCAAAGCACCUCCAAUAUUAACAGUUGAAUUAGAACCUGGCGACAUGCUUUAUUUUCCACGAGGUUUUAUACACGAAGCUCAAGCUGUUGAAGGGGAACAUUCUUUACACAUAACUCUUUCAGCCGCUCAAAAGAACACUUAUGGAGACUUAUUAGAAAUCAUGCUUCCAGUUGCAUUGCAAACUGCAAUGGAGGAGGAUAAAACGUUUCGGGAGUCUUUACCAACUAAUUACCUUCAGUAUAUGGGUGUAGUGCAUCAGGAUGAUUUAAACUCAAACCGGGACGUGUUCGUUUCUAAGGUUAAAAAUCUAAUGACAAAAUUGAUAAGUCACAUUAACGUAGAUUCAGCGGUUGAUCAAAUGAGCAAGAGGAUGCUUCGUGAAAGCUUACCUCCUGUUUUGACAGCCCAAGAAAAAAGAUCGAGUAUUCAUGGAUCGGGUGAAUUUUGGGAUGCUGAUUCUGCAACGGUUGAAGGGGGUAUUGAGCUUGCUCCGGAAACAUCUAUUCGACUUCUUCGUUAUGGAAUCGUGCGACUGGUUAUGGAAGAAGAUGCUAUUCGUCUUUAUCACAAUAUGGAAAAUUCGUAUGACCCUAACCAAGAAAUUGAAUCGCAAUAUGUCGAAAUCGAUUCAAAUCUUGCUCCAGCAAUCGAUUAUCUCGUCAAAAACUAUCCAAAUUAUGUUGAAAUCUCUAGUUUGCCCUUGGAAAAACUGGAUGAAAAGCUGGAAAUAUCUAAUUUGUUGUUUGAUAAAGGCCUUAUAACAAUCGUGGAAGAAGGUUCAGAUUCAGAAUAGACUUCAUAACUCAUCUGAAAAAUUUUCAUGUUCCUGUCAAUCUGUAAACCAAACAAGAAUCUCUUCUUGAUUCUGAUAAUCACAAUACUUUCUUAAAAAAGUGUCCUUAAACCUAAUUGUAAAUUUAAUCUGCGUUUUUGCAUGAUAAUAAACGGAAAAUUGAAAGUAGUGGCCAUAAGCUGGUUUUAUUCAAA